AUAAACUGUAUGGCCCCAAAUCGGAGAAACUAUGUAUAGGCAGCCAUUUUGAUAGAAAAAAUAGUCUUUUAAAAAAUGCAGAUAUUUCUUGUAAUAGACCUAUUUGUUAUUAUAUGUGAUUGAAUUUUGUUUAAUAAGAGAACAAAUAAUCAUGUUUUACUAAAUAAGAGAACAAGAACCUAUUGUCAGAGCCAUGUCGAAGGGAAGACUCAAAGAGAAGGAUCACAAAUGCAUUCAACGUAACUAUCUUUUUAUAAAAGAAAACAUAGAAGCGUUGUAUUUACUAGACUAUUUGUUUCAAUCUGAAGUGAUUACGCUGGAUGACAAAGAGAAAAUCAGCCAAGGAAAAAAUCAAAGUGAAAGAAACGAAUAUCUUCUUAUGACUAUUCUAAAUUCUGGUCCUGGAGAUGCUUUUAAUCACUUUAUCAAGUCAUUAGAAAGACAAUAUAAACAUGUUAAGGAACGCAUUCUGCGAUUAGAUGAAGCAGAUGAAAUAGUGGAAUUAAAUCAACCAGACUUUAAGCAGUCGAAAGCUGAAUACGCCUCAACACGUGCAAGACCUUUUAACAGAGCUGAGAAAGCUGCACAGCUUUAUGAAGUGGAUUGUCAUGACUCGGCCUGUGCAGCCUCACUCAGAGAUCAAGACCUAAAUUGUGAAGGGAGACAUAAUGAAAUGAUCGCCGAAGACCAAUUUACAAUUGAACAUCUACCAACAGAGUACCGUCAGAGAGAUAUUUUUGAAUUAACGAAAGCCAUUGCCUCUCUCACUGUCCGCCUUCUCGUAAAACAUGUCAGUGAUACAAGACCAACAUAUUUCCCAAACACGUCGAUACCAUUUCCACUGUAUGAUAAAAGAGGACAAGAUUUCUGUAGUAAUGGUAGCGGUAGAAUUUCCGACGUUGAAGAACAAAAUAAAGUGUUUUUUUGCAGGUGUAUGAAAUGCAUAAAUAGCGACUCUCCCAGUCGAAAGUGGUGGUCAAUUAAGAUAUUUACAUCAGUUUCAGUAGUCUUUGACAAUGACGAGGCUAGAAACACCUCGUGCUCGGUUUUUCAAGAGGACACUAAUCUGUUUAGCACAUUACAAAAUUGUAAGAUGCUGUGGAAGUGUGAUGAAAGUGAUCUUUGUUUGAUUGAAGCAGCGUGUUGCGACGAAAUGCUUUGUAACAAAAUAUUUUCAGUAAUAUUACAUUUGAAUAAAAUCUGGAAAGGAUUGCACAAAAUAUUUAAACACUUAGAGAGUAAAACAGAAAGAUUGAUAAUUGUGGUAUCAUAUGUACACGGAUUACGUAAGUGUAUAUCGAUAGGUGGGGGUGUGAAUCUGGGAAAACUUUUAGGCUUAGGUUUCGAUAGAUUUAUUUAUAAUGCCCCUGUUUGCGAUGGGUGUACUGGUGGACCAGUAUACGCCCUUGGGAUGAACUGGUAUAAAGAAGAGUAUGUUCACAGUGGACAUGAAAAUGCCAGAGAUAUAGCAAAAUUGGUCGCAGAUUUUAAUAAACAUUUAGAUCUAGAAAGUAGAGCUCUGUUGCACAUGUCGAAUCACAAUGAAUUAGGAAGAAGCUCUAUUUGGCGAAAAGAAUGAUAUUACUAUUGUCUAAAUACCAACUAUAUUAGAUUUAUAUUCUAAAGUAACAGGAUAUAAGGAUAUAUGGAUAUAAGCAAAAUUGUUUAAUGCAUGACUUGCUUAAUUAAAAAAAAUAGAUAUUCGAAGUUAAAGUACCAAACAUUUGAAAACAAUAAUAGACUUUUUUAGACACAAAUUAGCACAGUGAGAUUUUGACAUUAAUUGAAACAUGACAAGGCUUAUUAUAAAAUGAAAAAGAAUUUCAAAAUAGAAUAUACCGAAAAGUGUCAUCAGAAACAUUACUGUCAAAAGCAUUGAGAUCAUUGUAUUAUAAAGAUUGUGAUCUUGUAUUUUAUAUCUCCUAUUCAUUUUUCCAUGCCUAAGAGUUAAAGAUAUUGGCUUUACCAAGGAUUUCGAGUCCUGGUAAACAUAUUUAAUUUUGGGAUCUUUGGGGCGCCUCUGAGUCCACCCAGCUUUAAUGGGUGACAAUUGCGGACAAAAAUAAAGUCGGUUGGUCGUUGUGCAAGUCACAUGACAUCCUCGUUAAAUUUGGUCACAGAAACAGAUGACAUGUGCAUCAUAUGCCACAUAGAUCGCAACGUCUAAAAGUGGGGAAUUUUUAUUUUUUUUUACUUCAUUCAUUUUUCUAUGUUUCAUAAUCGUAAUGUUUCUUUGCAUUGAACAUCAUACAAUCAUUAAUCUAAAUCUAGUUUAAUAAUUUGCAUGUGUAUAUUUCAAAACCUUUUUGGAACUUAUACUUUAGGGUAAAUCUUUAAAACACUUUUACAAGUAUAAUACAGUGUUCACCUAUUGGUGUUGUAAUAACUUACAAUACACUUUUUCAAAGUUAUUAUCUGCACUAUUUUGUAGUCAUGUAUUGACUUUAUUUUAAAUACAUCUGUUUUGUUGUUAAUAUAUUCUGCGAACCAAUAUCUUUAUAUUACAUGUACUACAGUACUAGGUAUGUAUAUUCGCAUAGCGCCCAAAUAGAUUAUAGCGAAAUAUUAAACGACUUACUCCAAAAUAAAAAUCAGAGAAAAAAAAAAGAAUUUUGUGAUGGUAGAGGGACUGCUAUAGGUAUUCUAAAGUUUAUAGUGCUUUAUGGGUAUUCUAAUGUUUAUAGUGCUUUAUGGGUAUUUUAAUAUUUAUAGUGCUUUAUGGAUAUUCUAAUAAUUUCUUUAAUUUUAUUUUUCAUUGAAUACUGUCAUGUAAACUGUAAAAUAUAAUGUGAAACUUUGGUACACUACAAUUUUAUGUAACACAUAUAAAGGUUGGACACUGCGAACAUGAAAUGGAACUAUUAUUUUUUUAAUUAUUUUACAAUUAUGAAUUGAACGAUUAUUUCUUUAACAUUUUAAAUUAAACUUUUUAUUAAUAAGCAUUAUUUAAUUUAUAAACAUUAUAGCUACAUUUCAGGAUGUGCUAUGUGAUAUUUGUUGAAAAAGAAUUACUGCCCCUUACCUUCGAUUUAAUCUGAAUAAUUUUCUAUUAUGAGUGUGACGCAGUGAAGCAUUAUUUUUAAUGUAAUGUUAUUAUUUCCGGCUUAUUAGAAUUUAACAAAAAUAUAUUGUUAAGUAUAUCCUUUACGUUGUAUAAUUUCAAGUUGCUUUUAUUAACUAAGAACAUAUCUUGAUGUAAUUUUUUUAUUUAACUUGGAUAAGGCUUCAUACUAGACUAAGUGUAGAAAUAAAAUAAAACACAUAAAAAAAAAACAUUGAGUUUAUU